GAGAAAGGCACCAAGGAGUCGCUCGAGUUCGGUAGGGAGGUUCACCUGGUCCCUCCUUCCUCCCUUUCUCCUUCUUCUCCUUCACUUCUUUUCUUAGGACGAGGAAGUCAAGAGGAGCUUCGGUGCUGCAUUACACCGCGGGAACUGUCUACUGUCUUCGGGUGUCUACUAUAUUCGGGCUACCAAGUACCAAGCUGCGUGGAAGCCAGAAGAGCAGCAGCAACCGGACCCGUCAGACCUGGUCGAAGGUUCAGUCUACUCCGCGCACCCAAACGGUCCAGACCAGACCUGUGAAGAGCCGCUUUGAUAUUUUAACGUUCUUUUCUUCUUAAUACUUACAACAGUCUUUAUUUAAUUGUGAAUAAUAUUCGACCAAGUUCUAUCAAAAAUACACUUCGGAUAUUAUAUUUUCAUUACUCCAAUUAAUUAUUACCAAGGUAGCCAAUUGUUGCGGAUCCUUGAAGUUGGAGUUGAGAGUGAGAUCACUCGGACUCAGUAAGGGAGGAGAAGAGAGAAGGUGCUCUGUUCGUUGUUGGAGAGAGGGAGAUACCCCGGGCAAUCGAGGAGAAGUAUAGUCAGUCUCGAGCGCGAAGGAGCGGUGGGAAUUUAUAAGGAUGUUCGCGAUAAUGCCGAUGGAGACAGAGGGGCACGGCAGGGAGUUCGGCCGCCGGCAGAAGAUGCGCGCCAAGUGCACCGUCGAGUUCGUCUGCAAGUACUGCCAGCGGCGCUUCACUAAACCCUACAACCUCAUGAUACACGAGCGUAGUCAUAAGGACGAUGUGACCUUCACCUGCGAGGUCUGCGGAAAGUCCUUCAAACGCCAAGACAACCUUAAACAACACAGAUGUGGGUGGCGGUGAGCGGGAGCUCUGAACCCCCUGCACCUUUACACAACAACAAAAACAAAAAAAAAUUAAAGCGAAAACAAAAUAUGAAAAAUAGACAAAACAAAAAACAUUUACAUACAUAAUGAUUUUCCGUUUCCAUCGCCACCUUUUUCAUAUUCCUCCUUUUUUAAAUCCUUAGUUAUUUUUUAUUUUAUUUUUUUUUUUUCAAAAAGAAUAUCCCUAAAAUAUUCUGCUUCAAAUCUGUCCCACGCUAAACAAAAGAAGACAAAAGUAAAAGUGAAAAACUUCAAGGAAAUGAGACCGUCUGUUGUCUGUCACCCAGCAUGUACUCUUUUUUAUUAUUAUCCCGAGCCUUUAAGGCACUCAAACUAAAAUCUACUAACACAAAAGAAGUUGCGAAUGCAUGGAAGAAUAGGCCAAAUUGGUCUAAAACACUUAUACUUAAUAAAGGAGGAAAAAAACAACUUCUUCCUUUUGUAAUCUUACUGUCACUCAAUAGUCGAUCCUCAUUCCCAAAUUUCGGUCAAUAUCUGUUCCAGGAGCAUACACUCCGUUCCCUACAAGGGUUCCAACGGCUACUCAAACGGCUAUUCGAAUGGCUACUCUAGGUAUUAGAAGCCAUAAGGCCGAAACGAAUAUUUCCUAUCUGUAGAUUCUAUAUUUUACAAGCAAAAAACCAUCACCUAACCCUUUGAAACACCUAACCUACGACAUAAAAGACUUUAUGUGACUAAAUGAUGGACCAGAAGACCGAGAGAACCAGUCGACAUUACCUCACUCACCUCCGAAACACAUUUUUUCCAUUUUUGGACUGUAAGUUUUCACAUUUCAAUCUCUCCUGGCAACUUGACAAAGGACUAUUUAAGGACAAGGAUCACGGAAAACACCAACAUAUCAUUGGAAUAAUAAAAUAUCUCCAGAUGUCAAGUUACUACGACAAUAAUGAACUCAAUGUCAUCAGGACUUGAUACAUUCAAGUCUUGCUCGCGGAUUCCUUCAGGCAGAUGUCUUAAAUUGGACUACGUAAUAACUAUCUGUUCAGCAGACAAGAGGCUGCUACUAAAGUGUAGCAAUGAACGGCUACUGUGGACCACGCCCAGGCCUCAGGCGACAUCAAACCCGCUCUUAAGUUACGAAUCAUCAACACUGGUUAUUGAGGCUUAUGCAUCAUCUACUAGGACUUACAAUCAAUGUAAGAUCGUUAUAAAUUAAUCAGUUGAUUUUUAUGAUUCAUUAUUUUAUAUAUUAUUAAAACUAUUAUGUUUUAUUAUUUAUUGUGCAUUCAAAAUUAGGUUGAGCUUUCAAAAUCCAAAUCAAUAGUAAUUUAUCAGUUUUAUUUAUUAGUAUUUAUUGAUAUUUUAUUUGGAUUAAUUCUGGUUUUACAUGAAUUUCUUUUUUUUUUGUGAGAAAAAUUAUUUUCAUUUUGUAAUGUCAAUUCAUGAAUAGAAGACGUUUAGUUCUUCUAUCAUUUCUAAAUAGGCGACUUUGGUGGGCUCUGAAAAUCACCAUGUUCAACAUGGUGGUCUCAGCAUAUGGGACCUACGGUUCAGUUUCCAGCGGGUAAACAGCAAGUCCGUUGUCACUUCAAUUUCUGCCUACAUUUAUGUACCCUUCCAAUCGAAAUCGAUUGAUUGGAAUGGCAUAUAUGACUAAUUGCAUUUUAAUUUACACAAGAGAGAUCCGUUCCAUGUUGGUCAUUGUCGUUUGGUAAAGUACAUAUAUUUUUAUUUAUAAAAAAAAAUUUAUUAAUGACAUUGAAUUUUAACAAAAAGUCGACAAAAAUUUAGGGUUAUUGUAUAUUAUACAUUCUUUUUUUCUUUUAUAUUAUUUAUUGAUUAUUAUUUCAAGGUAACUACACAAUGAAUGUUUGGUAUCUUUAAUGUAUUUUGGUCUAGUGAAAAAAGUAAUUUGAGGUCAGACGUGUUGUAUUGUUUGUGAAUGUGAUUGAUUUUCGUUUUUUUUUAUUGAAAUCGAAGCAAAAAAUGUUGAAAGAAAUAACAAUAAAAAUUAAUUAUGUCUUCUAUAUUCAAUAUAUUGAUGUAUUGAAAAAUCAGUAAGAUGUAAAAAUGUACUAAAGGAAUUGUAAAGAAAAAAAAAACAAAAUUAUUAUAUUUGGUUGUAGCAACUCGAUUAAUCGAGAUAGCAUUUCAGCCGUUUUUUAAAAUUAUUCUAUCGAAUUAUAGUAAUAAAAGCAAUAAUUUUUCAAUAACAAUAAACAGUACAUAAAAUGAAAAUUUAUUACUUGACAAGUCGUAUAAGGACUGGCGAAUGAAAUAAUAAUAAAAUGAUUAAUAAAGUGAAUAAUAAAAUCAAAUAUUUCUCAUAGUAAUAUAAUAAACAGUAAAAUAUGAUCAGAAUAAACUGAGAAGAAAAAAUGAUAAAAAAAUGAGACUGCAGUCGUGCUUUGUAAAUAGCUUUAUAAUAAUGUGUUUUAAUAAUUAUUUUAAUUAUUUAUAGAAUAAGUUUAAAGUAUAAAUAAUAUGAUGAAUUACAAUAUAAAAAUAAUUAUAUUAUUAUAUAGAUAUUAUCAAAAUAGAUAGUCAUUCUGAAACAGAAUACUUAAUCAUAUAUUUUUAUUUUAUUAAUUAUUAUAAUUAUAAUUAAUUUUUUUCACAAGCCUGAGUAUUAUAUGCCCACCCUCUUUGUACCUAGUACUUAGGAGUGAUACAAUUUAUAUGUAUAAUAAUAAUUCCUAAUCAUUUUCACUAUUAUAAAUAUAAAUAUUUUAUUGGAAGUAAAAUGACCGAAAAAAAAAAUUAUCAAAUAAAUGCGUUAACAAGCUUAUAGAUUACAAUUGUUAUAAUUUUUAUAAUACAUAAGUCGUGCAAUUCUGCUUUUAUGUUUUUA